UUUUCUCUACCUUCUCAUUCCUUUUGAUAAUCAACAAGCAAUAACACAGGACUUCCACUGGAGGGCGACGUAGGAUUUACUUUCCAUUAGCCAAGAUCCUCUAGUCUGAGGCGCACUGUUAACUGUUGACUGAAAUUGAGUCUGUUACUCUUGUAAUUCUCCCUCCCUUUCUAUAAUCACCCCACCCUCUGUGCUAACACUCUUAAAGAACAGUCUACCCACGCGGCUCGCUCAUCAGAGCUACAGCGCGCUUUCCAGUGACUACAGUUUCACGCGCACAGGGCAUUCUCUCACAGAGGCGCGCGCAGAUGCGGGCAAUGGGUGCGCAGAAUAUUUCAGCGCGUAGUAAUAUAUAAGCUUUAAGAGCCUUUUAACAAUUCAUGGCACAAUGUAUACGUCUUUUUUUAAAACAUACAUUGAAUGCAAUAUUGUUAAUAAAUAUAGUUUUACAGUGAUUUAGAAAGCUAUACUCCUACCAGUUCUCGCGGGCCGUUUUGACCACGGAUUUACAGAGAAUGAAUGAAACUCAGAUCCCGUUUUGGGAAUGCUCAAGAACUCCUGACAAUUCCAGCGUGAACAGCUCUGCGUUAAGCGUGGAAGUUAACGCCACCUGUAGCAAUGCGUCAAUAAUUCAGAAAUUCAAGCCCACACGACCAAAAGAAAUGGACUCGGUGAGGAUUAUCCUUUACUCACUUGUCUUUCUCCUGAGUGUGUUUGGGAACUUGCUGAUCAUUGUGGUCCUGAUAGUAAACAAGAGAAUGCGGACCGUCACCAACUCCUUCCUGCUCUCGCUGGCCAUUAGUGAUCUCAUGAUGGCCAUCUUCUGCAUGCCCUUCAAUCUCAUCCCCAGCCUGCUGGAGGACUUCAUUUUUGGAGCCGCAAUGUGCAAGACCGUCGCCUAUUUCAUGGGUAUAUCUGUCAGCAUCUCCACCUUCAGUCUAGUGGCCAUUGCUAUUGAAAGAUACAGUGCUAUUUGCAACCCGCUGAAGUCAAGGGCAUGGCAGACCCGUUCUCAUGCCUACAAGGUCAUCGCAGCCACAUGGGUACUAUCUGUGGGUAUCAUGGUGCCCUAUCCUGUGUUCAGUAUGUUGGUGCCAUUCAACAAGCCGAACAACAUCACGGCUCACAUGUGCAGGCUUGACUGGCCCAACAGUCAAGUGGAACAGACUUGGUACAUCUUGUUGCUCUUCAUUCUGUUCUUCGUCCCAGGUGUUGUGAUGAUAAUUGCCUACGGUCUCAUAUCCAGAGAACUUUACAGAGGGAUUCAGUUUGAAAUGGAGCAGAAGAAAGACUCUAGUGGCGUAAAGAAUGGGUUGAAUGGUGCACUGUCUCCUAGCCACGAUGAGAGUGAUGGAUGUUACAUCCAGGUCCCAAAGAAGCCCCCUGCUAUGGAACUUUCUGCUCUGACCACCUCAGGCACCGUCAAGACAGACCGUCCACGGAGCAACACCUCAGAGGCCAAGCUCAUUGCUAAGAAACGAGUGAUACGAAUGCUGAUCAUUAUAGUUGCCAUGUUCUUCAUAUGCUGGAUGCCUCUGUACUCUGCCAACACCUGGAAGGCUUUCGAUCAAGAGUCAGCCCAGAAUACUCUUUCCGGAGCUCCCAUCUCCUUUAUUCAGCUGCUGUCCUAUACCUCAGCCUGUGUCAACCCCAUCAUCUACUGCUUCAUGAACACCCGCUUCCGCAAGGCUCUCUUGGCCACCUUUGGGUGUUGCAGGCGGCCGUGCCACAACCGGAGGAAGAGGAGGGAAGGUGAUGAUGAGAUCACUGGGUUCACUGGGGCAUCCAUAACAAAGUUCAGUUAUACCACCGUUAGCACGGUAGGACAGUGUUAGCAUUAGCAUUGCAGGUGUCUCCAGUUUGAUCCAUAAGCUGUGUGCUUGUGACAUGUACUGCUUGUUUAAGAGUUCAGAUCACCUGAUGUGUUCUUCUUUUUCAUGUUGUUAACAUGCUUUAUUCAGUGUGUCAGUGUUCAUUUUUAUUUGAAAAAAAAAAAAGAAUACCUCAUUUGUCUGUUCUUUCUGCCUGAAGUCAACGUGUCUUUCUAUGGUUGUGUUUUCAACUUUUAGCAUUGUGAUACAAUCAAAAGGUGCGGUAUAUGGGAUGUGCAAAUAUGUAGCUUUAUUUUGAUUGUGUAAAAUCUUUAGAGGACUUUUCAGAAGAUGAUCUUAUCAUGCAUGGGAUUUGUUAAUAGAGAAAUACCAUAGAAAUAUUCUUGUAUCUUUGAUGUUAUGGAACCAAAUACUGCAUGUUGCAUGAUCAAACAAUAGAGUACUCUGGUAGAUAGCUGCUUUCUGGCUACAAAAUGGUACAGCUUUUAUUGUCUAUUUUGAGUGUUGUGAUGUCUGUAUUUUGUUCUCUGUUUUGUUAGAGUUGCAUAAUAGAAUCGUUGUCUUAAUGAGCUUUGCUUAAAUGACACCACAGAGAGUACUUCUUUUGCAUAUUCUGAUAGUUACAGCAUCAGAUGGUCUUGUAGGAGACAAUGUUUAAUCUGUGCUCCUUCUUUUUUGACGCACAUCUCCUACAAGUUAUCCUACAUGAAGAUGUAUCAGGUGGGCAAGGCAAUUCAGUCAUCAACGGACUCAACGGUCUCUUGGAAAUCUUCACCCCAGCUGAUGUGAUGCAGUGGUCAACAUGCCGCAUUACAGUUUGGAUUUUUUGAAAGACUCCACCUAGAUGCUCUGGGAAAUAAUGAAAUAAAAGGAAAAUAAUAAACUGUAGAGGGAAAAAAAAAAAAAAAAAAAAUUUAUCUUUAUCAGUCUUUAUCAAAUUGGAGUUGCUCUAAUUGAUUUCUUCCUUAUUGCUGAAGCUGAUGAGACACCUGGGAUAUUCCUGGCCCAAACGAAGCCUCUUUGAAUAUAUGAAAGGCGAGCUAAGCUCUUGUUUGUGCUGAAAUUAAUUUAUUCAGCGGUUCAUGCUAAACAUGAAAGCUGGUGCUGCACAGCAAAACCAAGUGCUUUAAAAUUCAAACUCAAAAGGACUGAACGCACAUGAGAUGUAAAUGUGCUUAUACUUGGUUUAUCUUGUUAUCCACUGGAUUGUUGAACUGCUUGUAUAGCCAUAUUUUAUACGUAUAAAUUGGAAGUUGUCCCAGGUUAAAUUUUGUUUGCUACCAAAUCUGUGCUGGAAAAAAUAUUCAGUUUAUAACUCAGUCUAUACAGAUAAGAGAUUUAUGAUAAAGUUUAGAAAUGAAUAGAAACAAGUAAUUUGUUAAGCCAUUAAAAAAUAGGGGUAAAACUUCAGAAUACUGUUCCUUCAUUAAUGAAUAACUACACAGGAACAAAUGAAUAAUGUAUUAUUAACACUCUAACUACUAUUAACUGACAAGAAACUCUGAUUAAUUAGUAAGUAAUAGUGCUUAGUCAAAUGUGGUAGUAUAAUAAUUAACAUGAAUAAUGCACAAUGUAUAAUUAAUUCUAAAUCGAAGGUCAUGGUAACCUACUAGUAAUGACUUAAGUAUUACCAAAUCCUUUAAAAGGAAUUACUAAUUAUUUUGAUCAGUAUUCUAAAGUGAAAAGCAUAAUAACUCCUUAGUAAUUACUGAAGUCAUUGUAACACUUGAGUAAUUAUUAGUGGGUUACCAUGAUCUUCACUUUAAAACACUGAUCCAAAUAAUUAUUAAUUCCUUUAAAAGGAUGUAGUAACAGUUGGGUCAUUACUAUCCAAAACCUUACAAAAACCUCAAAAGCUUACAAUGACUUCAGUCAAUAUUAGUGAGUUAUUAUGCUUUUCACUUUAGAAUACUGAUCUAAAUAAUUAGUAAUUCCUUCUGAAGGACAAUUAAUGGUAACACUUUAUUUUACAGUGUCCUUGUUACACGUUACAUGUAGUUACUGUAGUAAUUACUAUAAAUUGUGCAUAAUUAUAUGUAACUAACCCUAAACCACAACCUAACCCUAACAUAACCCUAUAGUAAGUACAUGUAGUUAAUUCUUAUUACUCAGUACUUAAAUAUAUAAUUACACUGUAACACAGACACCUUAAAAUAAAGUGUAACCAAAUUAAUUAUACAUUAUGCAUUAUUCACAUGAACUUGUAUAGUUCUUAGUAGUUCUCUGGGAGGUAUGAAAAAAAUAGUAGUUAUUGAUUAGCUAAAAGUGAACUACCACAUUCAACUGAGCACUAUCACUUACUAAUAUGUUAAUCAGAGUUUCUUGUUAGUUAAUUGUAGUUACUAGAAUGUUAAUAGUGUGUUACUCAUUUCCUCAUUUCCUGUGUAGUUAUUCAUUUAUGAAAGAGCAGUAUUCUAAAGUGUUAUCUAAAAUAGGCUAUUAGAAAUGGAUUGUGUCUAUACAAAGUAUUAUUUCUGAGAAACAAUAGAUCAACUCUAGAAAAAAGUAUAACACUUUACAAAUACAAAUUGAACUUUAUUUCUAUCAAUAGAUCAGUGAGAAUAGAUAAAAUAAAAAUAUGACAAAAUGCAGCCUGUAUAGGCGUAUGCUCAGGUGACAAAUGAGAGAUCCAAAACACAAGCUUUCUCGCAGGCCUAUAGAAAAUGGUUGUCGUUUUCUGUGCACAUAUAAAUUGUACACAAAUAUUAGUGAAAGAAGCCAUCUCUCUCUCUCAUCUUUCUUCCCUCCUCCUCAUAUAAACAAGGAUAACUUUGGGGGUCCAAACCAGAAUUUAUAGCUUCAUAAUUUGUUUAUGUGCCCCAAGGAUAUACAGUGAGCAAAUACUUCAUUGCGUACACACCCUCCUUUCUUACCUCUUCCAUUUCCGUCUGCUUCUCUCUCAUUAUUAUCACUCCCUACUUGCAAUUUUUUCUUUUCAUCGAUCAGUUUUCCCUCUCUCUCCAUUCCUUCUGAAGGACCACCUGGGUAUGUGGCAGACCUAUAUCAAACAAAGGUCUUGGGGAUAAACAGAAAGUGUUAUUUCUCACUUUUUCUUUCUUUCUUUUUUUUUUUUUUUUGAUACACAGCGUGUCUGCUAAGCAGCUGCUGUUAUUUCUCUUGGUGUCAGUGACAAAAUCUACAAAGAAAGUUGAACUGGUUCAUCUUGCAGGUUUUUGUUUGGGUAGAUGACUGAUAACGUAAGUCUGGCCAUUUAUUUCAAACCACUCCAACAGAGGAUAUGGAUCCUGUUUCCAAGACAACCAUUCAUAUAUUCAAGAAUGGCUUGAUUAGGACCGAACGCUACAUAAAGUAACAAAUAGAAACUGAUUGAAAUGAAAGCUACCUGAAUAAAUAAAUAACAGCAAAACAAACAAUUACAUGGGAAUAGAUUUAGAUAAGCAGACAACAAAUAACAAAGAACUACAUUCAGAAAUUCAUCUGUUAUCCCAGUCAAGCUUGACACAGAUAUUCGGCAGUUCUAAUGAAAGUGCCACUUUUGAUGUAGGCUGGUAGGUUCAACAGGAACAGGUUAACCAGUAACACACCUUCUGACCUUGUUCAGAUGAAGAUUGCUUCUAUUUUCUAACAUGCUUAUGCUGUCUUUUGCUGUUUCUGUGGCAGAUGUAAACGAGUACAAACAGAUUGAUAAUUAUGCAGUGUGUCAAAGUUUGUCUGUUCUAGAUUGUUCUCUUUGAGGAAUUAUCCUUUGCUAGUUCCCUUAUGAAACAUAGAUUCAGAAAUGUGUUGUAUUCCUUGUGAGUGCUUUGUGAUCUGUAUAAUUUAACCAAAACAUUAUGAGAUGCUAAAUAAUAUGUACUGUCCUUAGGGUUUAUAUUUGACAUGUAAAUACAACAAUUCACCUCUAUUCUGUACUAUUUUUAUGAUAAAUCUCUAAAUGUACAUUUCUAUAAAUAUCACAUGAUUUAUAAAGCACACUAUAAGGUUGUGAAAAAACUGAAUGAUUUAUGGAAAAGUCAUUUUUUGUAAUUGACAUAUUAUGUUGCCAAAUUAACCACGCAGACAAAGAUACCAAAAACAAAUAAACAAACAAAGAAAAUUCAAAUCCAAUAUAAAAAGCAAAAUGUACUGGUCCUCUGAGAUAGAGAGAAUUGUGAGAGUUUGGUUUAGUUCAGUAUUCAACACAAUUAAGUGAUAAGGAAAAGGUUGUUAAUAUACAGUGUAUUGGCUAAAACAACACAAUACACCUUGGCCACCAUAGCCUUAAAUGAGGGAGAAAAAAGUGUAUGAGACUCUUUUUGUGUGUGUGUGUGUGUGUGUGUGUGUGUGUGUGUGUGUGUGUGUGUGUUUGUUCUUGUAUGGUUUAUGAGGACACAGAUGUCUAUAAUGACAUUGGUAUUAAAACGUAAACAUGGUUUAUGAGGACACUUUGUGUGUCCUUGUAAACCAAAAGGCUUAAAAAACAUACUAAACAGUGUUUUUUGAAAUUCAAAAAAUGCAGACAGUUUUUUGUGAUGGGUAGGUUUAGGGGUAGGGGUAGUGUAGUGGGAUAGAAUAUACAAUUUGUACAGUAUAAAAAACCAUUACGUCUAUGGAGAGUCCCCGUAAACCAUAUAUACAAGUGUGUGUGUGUUUGUAUAAGCACUUGUGUAACCAGAGAUUAUAUUAUUAGGCCAUUUUUUGUAGCAAAUUGCCCUUUUCUUUAACAUUCAUCAGUACUCAGUUUGCAAUUUUGUACUUUGUAAAAGUUAUGUGACAGUCAUGCUCUUUUCCAUGUCUGAAAUUAUCCAUGUUUUAGGCUGAUUUAUGUUACUGUGUUUCUACUGUAUUUCUUACGUCUUCAAGAAAAUACAGACAGCGUCGACAGAUUAAUCAUUUUUUUUUAAUUUGUUAUUGGGUAUUUGUCUGAAGCAAACUAUGAUUUAUAGGGUUGUUUCUAAAAGAUUAAUAAAGUAAUAUUUUCUCCCAGUGUUUCCCUCUUCCAUCUCCAUCUAGUUGCUGCUGUGAUGGAUGGGUUUCAAAGGGCAAGCUUCUGGGCAGAGUUUUAAGUGGGCGUACACGCUUUGUGCACUGAAUGAAAAUUCAGUGUUCUGAACUGUAAGAAUACAUGAGGAGUGAACAGAAAUGUUUUACUUUGAAAAAAUAUUUUUAAAAACCUUUUUGAAAAUAAUGGUUUAAACUCACAUAUAUUCAGGUCUAAGAAAAAUAUAUUAUUUUUUACUUCAUGGUUACAUGCCACUUUACAUUUGUCAUUAAACCAGAGGUCUUUAACCCUGCUCUUGGUGACCGACAGUUCUGUAGAGUUAAGCUCCAACCCUAAUCAAACACACAUGAACCAGCUAAUCAAGCUCUUCAGGAUUGCUCGGAAAUUACAGGCAGGUGUGCUGAAGCAGGUUGGAUAUAAACUUUGCAGAACAGUGGGUCUCCAGGAGCAGGGUUGAAGACUUUUGAUUUAAACUUUUUUUAAAAAUGGGAUAAAAGUUUUUGUGAUGAAACCAACAUGAAUACUAAGAGUACAUUUCUAAGAACAUGGACGUUUUUAAAUCUUUUCUUCAUCAUGGACUCUUAUAUGUCACUUAACCAAAUAUUUGUCAAUGAGCCUUGCAAGCAUUUUCCUUUUUGAGACUGUAUGACUUGUGAGUUCUCAGAAGACCCUGUACCCUGUAUGUUCUGUUUAAUAUGAUUACUCCUUGUCACGCAAGCUGUGAGAAAUGUGUAUCAGUGUCUUUUUCAAAGCUAGUUUAUCUCAUUAUAUGUUUGAUAUAUUUAGAAUACCUGUGGCAGCUUGUUUCGCAAUGUGCAAAUGUCUUUGUCGUGUUCUGGGUUUGUAGUUUGUGGCCAAGGCUAAAAUAAAGCUUUCUCUAUGCUGC